AUGGUGCACGCAGGCACAGUGCUCAUAAGUGCCAUAAAGUUGGCAACCAAGGUGGCUGGAGGUGGAAAGCUACUAUUUUUACCUACGUUCUUGGCUGCUUUGGCCUAUUACAAUUAUGAUCUAUACGAUCCAGAGAACCGUCUGGUUAACGAGAAGAACCUGAGAUCCGAGUAUGAUUUCAUAGUGGUGGGCGGUGGUUCGGCAGGAGCCGUGGUCGCCAACCGUCUGUCCGCAAACCCGGAAUGGAACGUACUGUUGUUGGAGGCUGGCGGACACGAGUCCGAGAUAACGGACGUGCCCGCCAUAUCGUUGUACUUACACGGCAGCAAGUACGACUGGAAGUACAAGACACAGCCGGACAGCUCGGCGUGCCAAGCGAUGAAGGGCAAUCGGUGCUGUUGGACUCGGGGUAAGGUGAUCGGUGGCUCCAGCGUGCUGAACACUAUGCUGUACGUGCGGGGCAACAAACGGGACUAUGACAACUGGGAGAGCAUGGGCAACUACGGUUGGGGAUUUGAGGACGUGCUCCCGUACUUCAAAAAAUCGCAGGACCAACGGAAUCCGUAUCUGGCCAAGAAUACCAGAUACCACGCUACCGGAGGAUAUCUGACCGUCCAAGACUCGCCGUGGAACACGCCUUUGGGCAUCGCUUUCUUGCAAGCCGGCGAAGAAAUGGGUUACGAGAUUCGCGACACCAACAGCGACAUCCAGACCGGGUACGGACUAUACCAGUUCACGAUGCGACGGGGUUACCGGUGCAGUUCGUCGAAGGCGUUUUUGCAACCAAUUAGGUUGCGGAGGAACCUGCACGUGGCCUUAUGGUCACACGUGACCAAAGUUCUCAUCGACCAGGACAGCAAACGGGCUUAUGGCGUGGAGUUUGAACGGGACGGCCGGAAACGGGUUGCGCUGGCCAAGAGAGAGGUCGUGGUGUCCGCGGGCGCCAUCAAUAGUCCUCAAUUGCUUAUGCUCUCGGGCAUCGGACCGGAAGAACACCUGAGAAGUAUCAAUGUACCGGUAAUCCAUCAUUCACCGGGCGUCGGUGAAAACCUUAUGGACCAUGUGGCCGUUGGCGGUCUGGUCUUCCCCAUUGACUAUCCAGUCAGCUUGGUCAUGAACCGUGUAGUCAAUAUACCGGCAGCGUUGAGGUAUGCCGUGCUGGGCGAGGGACCACUGACGUCGUCCAUAGGAUUGGAGACGGUGGCAUUUAUCACGACCAAAUACGGUAACCAGUCGGACGACUGGCCGGACAUCGAGUUCAUGCUGACGUCCACGUCGACCAACUCUGACGGCGGGACGGCGGCCCGGAAGGCGCACUGUCUGAAAGACGAAUUCUACAACGAGCUGCUGGGCGACCUGAGCAACAAGGACGUGUUCGGCGUGUUUCCGAUGCUGUUGAGGCCCAAGAGCAGGGGUCGCAUACUGCUCCGGAGCAACAACCCACACCAGUACCCUCUUUUGUACCACAACUAUUUCUCGCACCCGGACGAUCUGCGGGUGCUGCGAGAGGGUGUCAAGGCAGCGGUGGCCGUGGGCGAAACGACUGCCAUGAAACGAUUCGGCGCCCGAUUCCACUCCAGGCCGGUGCCCGGUUGCAAGACCCUCGAGCUGUUCACCGACGAGUAUUGGGAGUGCGUCAUACGUCAGUACACCAUGACCAUAUACCACAUGUCUGGCACAUGUAAAAUGGGACCGCCUACCGAUCCAUUUGCCGUAGUCGACCCCAAGCUCAGAGUGUAUGGAAUCCAGGGCUUGCGAGUAAUUGACGCCAGCAUUAUGCCUCAGAUCACCAAUGGUAACAUAAAUGCCCCGACAAUAAUGAUUGGUGAGAAAGGUUCUGACAUGAUAAUCAAUUAUUGGCAUGGCGUUGACACGAGAAGGAGGAGACGAAGGAGUUCGAAUAUUACCAUUAGUUAG